AUGCGUGAUCUCACACUGGACCCAAACACAGUAAACAGACACCUCUCUCUGUCUGAGGAGAACAGAAAGGUGACAUGUACGAGAGAAGAGCAGCCGUAUCCUGAUCACCCAGAGAGAUUUGAGGAUGAUGAACAGGUGUUGUGUAGAGAGAGUCUGACUGGGCGCUGUUACUGGGAGGUAGAGAGGAGUGGGAGAUGGGCUGAUAUAGGAGUGACAUAUAAAGGAAUCAGCAGGAGAGGAAGGGUUAAUGACUGUGGGAUUGGACAGAAUGACAAGUCCUGGAGUCUGUUCUGCUCUGACAAUAGUUACACAGCCAGGCACAAUAAUAAUCUCACUACCAAAUACGUCCCCUCCUGCAGAUCCCACAGAGUAGGAGUGUAUCUGGACUGGCCAGCCGGCACUCUGUCCUUCUACAGAGUCUCCUCUGACACACUGACCCACCGUUACACAUUCCACACCACAUUCACUGAGCCCCUCUAUCCAGGGUUUAGUGUUUGUGAUGACUCCUCAGUGUCCCUGUGUCAGGUCGUCCCUGUGUCAAACACAACAUGAUGUUUCACUCUAAUCAUGUGGUUUAUGUUUGAUCAGAAUAUGACGUUUAAAUACGUUCCAUACGCACAGAAAGCUUAUAAGUUUUACACAUAACACAAUGCAAGAGGUGUUUCAAGUUUUGAGGGAGCAUGCAAUUGGCAUGCUGACUGCAGGAAUGUCCAACAGAGCUGUUGCUAGAUAAUUUAAUAUUCCCAAUCAUGUGAGAUCCAUAGAUUAGAGCCUAAUGAAUUUAUUUCAAUUGACUGGGUUCCUCAUAUGAACUGUAACUCAGUAAAAUCUUAGAAAUGGUUGCGUUUAUAUUUGAGUUCAGUAUAACAAAAAAGAGCAGUUCUAAAUGUUUUAUGUUUGAUGUUAAUAGAAUAUAAAAAAUGAUUUUGUGUGGAGGUGCUGACUAACGGCGAAUAAACUAUAGACUUUAAAAAUAAAGAGAGUCGCACACUCCAUAUAUAAACUCCCAGUCAUUUAUUGGGUAAAUCACCAACGUUUCGGCAAGGUACAGUGUUAGAUGACUGGGAGUUUAUAUAUGGAGUGUGCGACUCUCUUUAUUUUUAAAGUCUAUAGUUUAUUCGCCGUUAGUCAGCACGUUAUUUUUUUAUAGCUUAUAAUUUAUUCGCUGUGUGUGACUCUCUUUACUGAUAUGAUGUUAGUAGCACUAAGUCAUCCUUUCUCUAAAUGUUAGUAGCACUAAGUCAUCCUUUCACUAAAUGAUAGUAACAAUAAGUCAUUCCAUCCUUUCACUAAAUGAUAGUAACAAUAAGUCAUUCCAUCCUUUCACUAAAUGAUAGUAACAAUAAGUCAUUCCAUCCUUUCACUAAAUGAUAGUAACAAUAAGUCAUUCCAUCCUUUCA